GGGGGGGGGGAGGAGGGGGAAAGCACUGUGGUCAUUGCUGUACUGCUCUUGGAAGGGAAAAUCCAUUCUUUUUGUUGACUCUUACCUUCUGGUGUCUUUUGCGAUCAGUCUCAUGAUUUAUCCUGAGUAGGAACAUUGCAAGGAGUAUUGAAACAAUUUAUCUUCAUAGAAAAAUGAUUUAAUUGAUUUAAUUGAUUUUCUGCAAGCCAGUAGCAUAGAAGUAUGGUGAAAUGUUGCAUUGCUACAGAGAUAAAACUAAACAACUUCUGCUCUGUAGACCAAGCUUGUUCCUGUGAGAAUGUUGUCAUUGUUUCCUAUGGAGUUCACUGAGGUUUGUCCCACACACUGCAGUUUAACUGACCAUUCAGUCAUCUUUUUUAGUUUUUUCCUACUGGCCUGGUGAAUGCUUUUGCUCCUCUUCCUUAGAGAACAUAGAAUCACAGAAUCACCAAGGUUGUAAAUGGCCUCUGAGAUGAUCCAGUCCAACCGUCCGCUUAUCACCACUAUUUCCUACUAAACCAUGUACCUCAGUACAACAUCUACACGGUUCUUGAGCACUUCCAGGGUCAGUGACUCCCCUACCUCUCUGGGCAGCCCGUUCCAGUACCUGACCAUGCUCUUGGAGAAGCAUUUCCUAAUGUCCAACCUGAAUCUCCCCUGGUGCAACUUGAGGCCUUUCCCUGUAGUCCUAUUGCUUGUUACAUGGGAGAAGAGGUCAAUCCCCACCUCACCACAACCUCCCUUCAGGUAGUUGUAGAGAGCGAUAAGGCCUCCCCUGAGCCUCCUCUUCUCCAUACUAAGCAAUCCUAUUUCCCUCAGCUGCUUUCUGUAGACUUGUGCUCCAGACCCCUCACAGCUUUGUUGCCCUUCUCUGGAUGCGCUCCAGGGUCUCAAUGCCUUUCUUGCAGUGAGGGGCCCAAAACUGAACACAGCACUUGAGUUACAGCCCCACUGGGGCUGAGCACAGUGGGAUGGUUAUUUCCUUCUCCUGCUGACGUCGCUAUUUCUGAUACAAGCCAGGGAUUACUUAUUUUUCCCUUCCUUAAAUGCUAUGCUUACAGAGAAUGUAGAAUUUCCCUCAUUUUCGUCAUUGUAUCCUGCCCUAAAAACUAGGAUAAGCUUUGAUCUGCUUAUUUUUCAUUUACUUAUUUAAGCUUAAUUAAAACAAACAAACAAACACAAAAAACCCUCAUGUAGAUGCAUGUUUGAAUUCCUGAGUUGCAAUGCAAUUGUAAUUUUCAGUACCCACGCUAGGCUUAAUUUAAGAUUCUUCAUUUAAUUUGAAAUUCAAAGAUGCUUUUGCAGACUUGGGAGGGAAGAGAGCCAGUGUCAGAGGAAGUGCUGUUUAAAGAGCAGACAGACUUCCUUUUUGUCUUAUUUUGAGCCUGGGAACAUGCACAAGCACUUGGAAAUGCAGUGCAUCUGUUUAAACACAAAAUGAGAAAUGCUUCCAGUGGCCUGCAAAAAGACAGAGAGAAUCUCUUCCCGGCACCUGCUUUCAGUCAGAUUAAACGAUGUUCUCAUCUCUGAAGUCAUAAAAUAUUCUAGAGCUUCUGUAAUCCAGCAGUUUUUUGAUACAUUGUUUAAACCCAACCUUAAGGAUUUUGGAAUUGGAGUAAAAAAUCUUUCUUUCACUUAUAAAUUUCAAUGCUUGAGAUCUUCUUGGGUUAUGUAGAACAUGACCUUACCAAAACCAAUUCCUUGAACACCCCCAGGCCCCUUUGCUUUCCUCAGCAGUAUUCUCAUACUGCCCCUGGCAUGUGGGUUGGGUUCAUGCUGGUUUUAAGAGCUUAUAUCGUUGUGGGUGCAGCUGUACAUCGCCUGCAUCCCCUGACUGCCUGGGCUGCUUUCAGAGCUGCUGGUGCAGCUUCUCCUGUAGAGCUGCAGGGACUCAUAGUGUAGUUAUAGCAGCCACAGGGUAUGCUUUUCCAAAAAAUUUCAUUGGUGUCACCUUUUUUUUUUUUUUUUUUAAAUGCAUUCGCGGAUUUUGUAACUUUUGGGCUGUUAGAAGUAUGAUUCUGUGUUUGUAGUGGAUUUGCACUCAUUUAAUCCUCAGGUAUGCUUGGGAAUGAUGGUUUAAUGUAAAUACAUUGGGAAUUUCUUUUUUGAAUGGAUAUUUAAGAUAAUGGUGUCCAAAAAAUGGUGGUAUAGAUGAAUCCCCGUGGUCUGACUUGCGCACUGUGUAAAACCGUGACAAAAAUGGCAUCAUCUUGAAGUAAAGGUCCAGAGAGGUUACUGUGUCUACAACGGUUCCUUGUUGCAGUCCUUCCUGCCAGGGAAGCCUGAGCUUGGUUGCUGUGUCUGCUUCUCUAACCCCAGUGAUCAAGACAGAUUCUCUCUCUGUGGCACUGCCUGUUCACUUGUCAGAUCUCUCUUGUGCCGUGCUAUCAGCUAAACCUUUUCUUUGUUUUUCAGGGAAGUUUUCCUUUUAGAGCAUGCUAUGAGCAUGCGGUGGCAAUAGAUGCAGUUGAGUGCAUCACCUUCUCUGUCCUGGGUGCAGUAGUGACAAAGAAUCUGCUCUAAGGAGCUGCUGGCAGAAACCACCUGGAAACUGUCAACAUAUCCAGGAUGUUAUCUGCUGCUGUUACCAAUCUUCCAAGUAGAGGAGUGCUGGGUUACUGCUGUGAUGGUUCUGUGCGGAUAAAUCUGUAAAGAUUUCUGGAUUUUCAGGACUUUGAGUGAAUGAUGGAAAAGAAAGCAGGUAGAGAUUAGCAAGCCCAGUUACAAGGUUGAACUUACACUGAGAAUUGAAGUUUUCUUCAAGUUCAGCUAGGUAGAUCCUUGAGGCCAUUAGAGGUUGUUUCUGUGGAAGUCUUGGUUCUGGAAGAAGAAGUGAAAGAGGAAAUGCUUGGUGAUUUCUGUACUUGCAAGGAGGUCUCAAGAAGCAUACAGUUAUUUAAACUCACUUACAUCUGCAGGAUUUUGUGUGCUGUUUCUUGAACGUGCUUAACAACUAUCUCCUAACAUCUAGCAUCAUUUUCCUGUUCUAGGUAAUUACAGGCUGUGCAUGAGUUGUCUUCUGAUUUCUUCUCUGAUAAUUAAUUUGACCUGUGUAACUCUAUCCCUAGAAGAUAUCUUAAAAACUCAAAAGUGUUUUUUUCUUUUUUUUCCUUAUUUAAAAAAAUAAUUCCUUAAUUCCCUUGGGUGUUGGGGAUUAAAAAAAAAGAAAAAAAAAGUUGAUCUUGAGAGUGGAGUAGUAUUAUAGCAGUCCUCUUUCAUAGACUCAUAGAAUUGUUCGGGUUGGAAAAGACCCCUCAGCUUGUCUAGUCCAGUCAUAUCCACCAUGCCCACUCCCAGCAUCGUCUCCCUGCAGGGAGAGCUACAUCUUUGCCCCAAGAAUGUGAGGGGAAAACUAGUCUGAACUAUCGUCAUAGAAUUGUUAUAGAAUCAUGGAAUGGCCUUGGUUGAAAAAGACCUCAGAGAUCAUCUAGUUUCAACCCCCCUUCUGUGGGCAGGGUCGCCAACCACCAGACCGGGCUGCCCAACUACCAAGAGGCCUUCAAGAGCAAGGCUGAAAGAUGCACACUGAGCAUUUUCUGGUAUGCUUGGAAUUAAUCUUUAGCUAAGAUGUUAUUCUGUAAAGAUGGAGAUGUGGAAAUGGUGUAUCUGUUAGGAUUGACCCUCACCUUCUCUAAAUACCAGAGCAACACUAAGCAAAGUGUUGUGUGCCAUGCCAGUGCAUAGCUGUUAACAACGAUACAGAAUUACAACAUUUAAAAGAGAUUGGCAGAUCUUUUGUUUGAAUAUGUUUCAAUACUAAGCCAGCUCUGAAGUUAGAUCAAGAUGGAAAUGAUGCUACAGGAACUUCAGAGUCUGGUGCCUUUCUUUCUUUUGUUUUUCAUCUGGACAAAAUGUCGUGGAGAUGGCACAGUAAGCUUCUCUGCACUGCAAACUGUUCUGAGCAGGUCAGGCCCGUCUGGUGCUUGUCUCCUCCACAAAUGAAAAGAAAGAUUAUCUUAAUUCAAGCUAAUCAGUGGUGUUGCCCUAAAACAAACAAACAAAAAAACACCCCAUGAUUGAUACCUCUGACCCUUGGAUGCAGUGGGAAUUUGCAUGGUAAGACUGAUGCUUGUCUGUGCAGGAGACAGGGAUUUCUUGUCUGCUGGCUUUGCAGUCUGGAAAGAGUCUGGGAAUCAGCACAGACACUGCUUUCUCCUGCUUAGGAAGAUGGGUGUGCUCAUCACACACUAAAAUUUAGCUAACCAGCAUGCAGAUGUGUGUGAUUCUCCUGGAGGGAGGAUGUGAGAUAACGAAUGGCUUUUAAUUAAGUUGUUUAUGUCCAGGAAAGCGUGUUCCUGGAAUGCAUUUUGACUUCAGUGCCAUAAUGAUGGGUUGUGAUGCAAAGACAGCAGAAAAAGAAAAAAGGGAAAAAAAGGGAUUGUUUUGAAGUAAUUCAUGUCUUCUGCUUGAGUGAAUCAGUCCUGGAAAAUCCCAGGUGGGUGCUCAGCUGAAAAUACAGCAUCACAGAAGUGUAGUAAGAAAGUAAACCUUGCUGCUUGAGUAUAUUUACCAGUAUAGCUAUAAUUAUCAGUGUAACUACAGUGCUUUAAUCUCUUCUCAUUUAGGUGAACUCAUAAUCAGACUGUGGUUUGUGAUUUUUUUAAAGGAGGUAUUUGAAGUUUCUUAUGUUCUCUGCCAAAAGGGAAUCUGUUGAAAUACUAGUGCUGCGGCCCAGUAGUUUCACCUAUAAGAACUCAUACUGAUCAGUCUCAAGGAGGCAAAACUGUUCAGUUUUGUGUCUUGGGAAUUUUAGUUUCCUUAAGUGAUUUUUCAUGAUACUUAAGUGGGGGAAGAAAAAGGAACCUUGAAGAAAAUCUUUCCCACUGAGGUCGCAGGGCUGGUGCAGAGAACAAGCCAAGUUCCAGCUGCCUUUCCUCUGCUGGUCUCAACAUAUGCAAAUGUGUCAAAGCUGGGCAGAAAGGAGUUUCUUCAUUCACGUCUUGCUAGAUAAUAGGAUAGGAAAAGUGGGGGACCAGCGUGCCAAAAUGGUGGCUUGGCCAGCCAAACACCCAAGUGUGUGGAUGGCAGUUACCAAGGGAGUCUGUCAGCAACCUUAGAACAAGAGGGCUUUUGUAACUGUCUGCGCCCGUGUGCUUACAUUCUCCCAAUUGACAAAAUGCUCUUCUAUCUUUGUGAAAUCAUGCCGAAGGGCUUGGAAAAAAUGUACUCUCCUGUGGUUCUUCUCACAGUCUGAGGGACAGCAGGAAGUCUUUCUUUCGUAGCUCUGCGCAUCCACCCUGCUGAGGGGAGUUUCUCAGACUGGUGCUGUGGUGCUGUUAAAUAGACAGCAGUGUAAGUGAGAGGGAGUUUGGGUUUUGCUUAUCCUUUGGUUAAUAUUUUUAAAUUACUUUUCUAGUAUCUGUAUCCUUCGCUCUUCUUCCACGCUGGCGAACGGAGCUGUGUUUGAGGAGAGGGAGGAGGAUCACAGCAUGGCUGCGGCUGGCAGAGCCCUCAGGGCCCACUUGCUCCAGCCCCUGCAGCAGGGCCACCCAGAGCAGGGUGCCCAGGGCCACAUCCAGGUGGCUGCUGGAGAUCCCCAAGGAGGAGACCCCAAAGCCUCUGGACAGCCUGUGCUGCAGCUCUGUCACCUGCACAGCACAGGAGUGCUCCUGGUGUUCGGUGGGAGCUCCUGUGUGCCAGUUUGUGCCCACGGCCUCCUGUCCUGACACUGGGCACCACUGACAGGAGGCUGGACCUGACCUCUGUGCAUCCUUUCUUCAGGUAUUUAAGGGCACUAAUGAGAUCCCCCUGAGCUUCCUCUUCUCCAGGUUGAACAGUCUCAGCUCUCUCUUUCCUCACAGGAGAGGUGCUCCAGUCCCUUCAGCGUCUUGGUGGCCCACUGUUGGACUCUUUGCAAUAUAUCUAUGUGUCUCUUGUGCCAUGGGGCCCAGAGAUGUUGCUCCAGCUAUGGCCACGGUGCUCCAUGUGCAGCCUCACCGGUGCUGGUGAGGGGAGACCUGGCCAUUUCUAUUCCAUUAAACGACAGCUCCCUUUUGUGUGGAUAAGUGCAGUAGUUUUCAGUGUAUAAUAGGCAACCAUUUUUUCACUAUGGGUUUUGGAGCAGGGAUGGAGCAGUGUUUUGUGGCCAUUUGCCUAUCCAGUGUGGCAGCAUGGGGGGGCUGUGCGUACAUCUGUCCCAUGGAUGUGAGGCCCAGUGGAGCUGUGUGGGUGGGAGUUUGUUUUGGUCACGAGCCUACAGGGAGGGGAAGUUUCAAGUUGGAAGAAGCCUCUCAGUUAAACUAUCCCAGGUGCAAAAUGACUGCUCAAGUAACACUGGAGGAUGCCUUAUCCAAUGUGGAUCUCUUGGAAGAAUUACCAUUGCCAGAUCAGCAACCGUGUAUUGAACCCCCACCAUCAUCUCUGCUUUACCAGCCGAACUUCAACACUAACUUUGAGGACAGAAAUGCGUUUGUCACUGGCAUUGCGAGAUACAUUGAGCAAGCUACAGUCCACUCUAGCAUGAAUGAAAUGUUAGAAGAGGGCCAGGAAUAUGCUGUCAUGUUAUAUACUUGGAGGAGCUGCUCAAGAGCCAUUCCCCAGGUUAAGUGCAACGAGCAGCCUAACAGGGUAGAAAUUUAUGAGAAAACUGUGGAAGUGCUGGAGCCAGAAGUCACAAAGCUGAUGAAUUUUAUGUAUUUCCAGAGAAACGCAAUUGAACGUUUUUGUGGGGAGGUGAGACGCUUGUGCCAUGCAGAGAGGAGAAAAGACUUUGUCUCUGAAGCAUAUCUGAUCACACUGGGCAAAUUUAUCAACAUGUUUGCAGUACUAGAUGAGCUGAAAAAUAUGAAGUGCAGUGUGAAAAAUGACCAUUCAGCCUACAAGAGAGCUGCUCAGUUCCUACGGAAAAUGGCGGAUCCUCAGUCCAUUCAAGAGUCCCAGAAUCUCUCCAUGUUCCUUGCUAACCACAACAAGAUAACACAGUCAUUACAGCAGCAGUUGGAGGUAAUCGUUGGCUAUGAAGAACUGCUUGCAGAUAUUGUGAAUCUGUGUGUGGACUACUAUGAAAACAAAAUGUAUCUAACGCCCAGCGAGAAACACAUGCUUUUGAAAGUUAUGGGCUUUGGAUUGUACCUGAUGGAUGGAAGUGUCAGUAACAUCUACAAGCUGGAUGCAAAAAAGAGGAUAAAUUUAGCCAAGAUUGACAAAUUCUUUAAGCAGCUGCAGGUUGUCCCGCUCUUUGGUGAUAUGCAGAUUGAACUUGCAAGAUACAUCAAGACAAGUGCCCAUUAUGAGGAAAACAAAUCGAGAUGGACGUGCACGUCUUCCAGCAGCAGUCCCCAGUACAAUAUAUGUGAGCAGAUGAUCCAAAUCAGAGAAGACCAUAUGCGUUUCAUAUCAGAACUGGCUCGCUACAGCAACAGUGAGGUGGUGACUGGUUCUGGCCGGCAGGAAGCUCAAAAAACAGAUGCAGAGUAUCGGAAGCUCUUUGAUCUUUCUCUCCAAGGCUUGCAGCUUCUCUCCCAGUGGAGUGCACAUGUCAUGGAAGUGUAUUCAUGGAAGCUGGUACACCCAACUGACAAAUACUCUAAUAAAGAUUGUCCUGACAACGCGGAAGAGUAUGAAAGAGCAACAAGAUACAAUUAUACUAGUGAGGAGAAGUUUGCUCUGGUUGAGGUGAUUGCCAUGAUCAAAGGUCUUCAGGUGCUGAUGGGAAGAAUGGAAAGUGUUUUCAAUCAUGCCAUUCGCCAUACCAUUUAUGCAGCUCUUCAGGACUUUGCCCAGGUCACGCUGAGAGAGCCAUUAAGACAAGCAAUAAAAAAGAAGAAAAAUGUCAUUCAGAGUGUUUUGCAGGCCAUCAGAAAGACGGUCUGUGACUGGGAAGCAGGUCAUGAACCAUUCAAUGACCCAGCUCUCAGGGGAGAAAAAGACCCCAAAAGUGGCUUUGAUAUCAAAGUCCCAAGGCGUGCAGUGGGACCCUCCAGUACUCAGCUUUACAUGGUGAGAACUAUGUUAGAGUCCCUCAUUGCUGACAAAAGUGGUUCCAAGAAAACCUUGAGAAGUAGCCUUGAGGGACCCACCAUAUUGGACAUAGAAAAAUUCCAUCGCGAGUCAUUCUUCUACACUCAUUUGAUAAAUUUCAGUGAAACCCUGCAGCAAUGCUGUGAUCUGUCCCAGCUGUGGUUCAGGGAAUUCUUCUUAGAGCUGACCAUGGGAAGAAGAAUCCAGUUUCCCAUUGAGAUGUCAAUGCCUUGGAUUCUGACAGACCAUAUUUUGGAGACCAAAGAGGCAUCAAUGAUGGAGUAUGUUCUGUAUUCUUUGGACCUUUAUAAUGACAGUGCUCAUUAUGCGCUUACUAAAUUUAAGAAGCAGUUCCUCUACGAUGAGAUUGAGGCAGAGGUAAACCUGUGUUUUGACCAAUUUGUCUACAAGCUGGCAGACCAAAUAUUUGCAUACUACAAGGCAAUGGCUGGCAGCCUGCUUUUGGAUAAACGUUUGCGUUCAGAAUGUAAGAAUCAGGGAGCAACCAUUCAGUUGCUGCAGUCCAACCGCUAUGAGACGCUGCUGAAGCAAAGACAUGUCCAACUGCUUGGUAGGUCAAUAGACCUGAACCGAUUGAUCACUCAGCGAAUUUCAGCAGCUAUGUACAGAUCAAUGGAGCUGGCAAUUGGUCGAUUUGAAAGUGAGGAUUUGACUUCCAUUGUGGAGCUGGAUGGCUUGAUAGAAAUAAACAAAAUGACUCACAAACUUCUGAGCAGAUACAUGACCUUGGACAGCUUUGAUGCCAUGUUCAGGGAAGCCAAUCACAAUGUCUCAGCGCCUUACGGACGAAUCACUCUUCAUGUAUUUUGGGAACUCAAUUACGAUUUCCUUCCAAACUACUGCUACAAUGGAUCCACUAACAGAUUUGUUCGGACCGUGCUACCAUUUUCUCAGGAGUUCCAGAGAGAUAAGCAGCCCAAUGCUCAGCCCCAGUAUCUCUACGGAUCAAAGGCAUUGAAUCUGGCAUAUUCGAGCAUCUACAGCAACUACAGGAAUUUUGUUGGCCCCCCUCACUUUAAAGUCAUCUGUAGGCUUCUUGGCUAUCAGGGGAUUGCUGUGGUGAUGGAGGAGCUGCUGAAAGUCGUCAAGAGCCUGUUACAAGGGACCAUUCUUCAGUAUGUCAAGACCCUGAUGGAAGUGAUGCCUAAGAUCUGUAGGUUGCCAAGACAUGAGUAUGGUUCUCCAGGUAUCUUGGAGUUUUUUCAUCAUCAGCUGAAGGACAUUGUUGAAUACGCAGAGCUGAAGACUGUCUGUUUCCAGAAUUUGCGGGAAGUGGGAAAUGCUGUCCUGUUUUGCCUGCUUAUUGAGCAGAGCCUGUCCCUAGAGGAAGUGUGUGACCUGUUGCAUGCGGCACCGUUCCAAAACAUCCUGCCGAGAGUUCACGUCAAAGAGGGUGAAAGGCUUGAUGCUAAAAUGAAGAGACUUGAAUCAAAAUAUGCUCCGUUACACUUGGUCCCUCUCAUUGAAAGACUGGGAACACCGCAGCAAAUAGCAAUCGCAAGGGAAGGCGACUUGCUGACCAAGGAACGCCUCUGCUGCGGCCUGUCCAUGUUUGAGGUUAUCUUGACAAGGAUCCGAUCCUUCCUGGACGAUCCCAUCUGGCGUGGGCCCCUACCCAGCAAUGGAGUGAUGCACGUGGACGAGUGUGUAGAAUUCCACCGCCUCUGGAGCGCGAUGCAGUUCGUCUACUGCAUCCCCGUGGGAACGCACGAGUUCACUGUGGAGCAGUGCUUUGGAGAUGGCCUGCACUGGGCUGGCUGCAUGAUCAUUGUGCUCUUGGGACAGCAGCGUCGCUUUGACGUGUUGGAUUUCUGCUACCAUCUCCUGAAAGUCCAAAAGCACGAUGGCAAAGAUGAGGUUAUAAAGAACGUGCCUUUGAAGAAAAUGGUUGAAAGAAUUCGCAAGUUCCAGAUUCUGAAUGAUGAAAUAAUUGCUAUUUUGGACAAGUAUUUGAAGUCUGGAGAUGGAGAGAGCACACCCGUGGAACACGUGCGCUGCUUCCAGCCGCCCAUUCAUCAGUCCCUUGCCAGCAACUAGAUCUCCUCUGUAAUGAUACUUUUUGCACCUGUUUAGGCUAAAAGUAUGAGAAAGGAGAAAAACAAAACGCCCACAGGUUGAAGAAAUCCUUUUAUCUGCCCUUUUCAGUCUGCCUGUGCCAUUUGAUGGUGCACUGUCUUCUUCAGUCUCCAAGCACAGUAACUGUAUACAAUCCAUACUUAUUUUUCUAGACUAAAAUUUUAUAUACUUUGAUUAAAAGCCUGCAGCUGUAGAGGGUUUGUUCUUGCAAUCUCUUUGCGUUCCUAUUCUGAGGUGAGUAUUCUGAAUGUUUAUUCAGAAUAAACAUUCCCACAGGCUAUCAAAAUAAUAGCCGCGGAGGGUAAGAAACUGGGUUCUGUAGAAAGAUUUAGAAACCAAUGCCUGAUUGUAUUAGAGCAUUAAUUGCUUAAUUAGCCUUUAUUAAAAAAGAAACCAACAAUGAA